GCAUCAGACAUUCCUGCUUUCCUUCAUUUAACUUGGCUCAGUAUCAUCUGAGGGUUCAUAUCACCGUACCUCGGUUAAAAAAAAAAAAAAAAAGCAUUCAAGGUCUAUGGAGCGUCACUGAGGUGGUUUUUGUCCCAGUCAUAUCAAACAGAAAUGGACGAAGACAGUGUUAGGAGGAGGAAGGAGUCGCAGAAUGGGUGCACUGGCUACAGUGUGGACUCUAACACCAAAGACAAGCAGCCUGUGAAGGCCACUGUGCUUCAAAAAGAUGUUGGUUUGCUGAGUGGCAUCUGUCUGAUUGUGGGGACUAUGAUCGGCUCGGGUAUCUUCAUUUCUCCGAAGGCUGUUCUGCUGUACUCUGGAGCUGUGGGACCCUGCCUCCUCAUCUGGGCUGCCUGUGGCGUGUUAGCCACUCUGGGAGCACUGUGCUACGCUGAGCUUGGCACCAUGAUCACCAAAUCAGGGGGAGAGUACCCAUAUCUAAUGGAGGCUUUUGGUUCCCUUGUGGCCUACCUUUACUCCUGGACCACAGUCAUGGUGUUGAAGCCCUCCUCCUUCGCCAUCAUCACACUGAGCUUUGCAGAAUACGCCUCCACUCCUUUCUACCCCGGCUGUACCCCUCCUCUUGUUGUUACCAAGAGUUUAUCAGCAGCAGCUAUAUUGUUAAUCGUCUCAGUCAACUGUUUGAGUGUCAGACUGGCAAGCUAUGUGCAGAACUUCUUCACUGCAGCCAAACUUUUCAUUAUUAUUGUCAUAGUGGGAGCUGGCAUUGUUCUCUUGGCUCAAGGAAACACUGAGACUUUGUCAAAUGCAUUUGAUGGAACAACAUCUUCUGUUGGAGCAAUUGGACUUGCGUUUUAUAAUGGGCUGUGGGCUUAUGAUGGAUGGAAUCAACUGAAUUUUAUCACAGAGGAGCUGAGAGACCCAUUCAGGAACUUGCCACUGGCCAUCCUCAUUGGGAUCCCCUUGGUUUCUGUGUGCUAUGUGUUGGUCAACGUUGCUUACUUCACUGUGAUGACCACCAAUGAACUCCUGUUGUCUCCAGCUGUGGCUGUGACUUUCGGUGACAGAGUCCUUUACCCUCUGUCUUGGAUCGUUCCUCUCUUUGUUGUCUUCUCCACAUUUGGUUCUGCCAAUGGAAGCUGCUUCACUGCCGGCAGACUGGCCUAUGUAUCUGGCAGAGAGGGUCACAUGGUGAAAAUCUUAUCUUAUAUUAGUCUAAAGCGCUACACCCCAUUGCCUGCUCUCAUAUUCAACGGUGUUUUGGCUAUUUUAUAUAUUAUCCCAGCAGACAUAAACACCCUCAUUAACUACUUCAGCUUUGCUCAGUGGGCGUUUUAUGGUUUGACAGCACUGGCUCUCAUAGUCAUGCGUUUCACAAGGACGGAGCUCCACAGACCAGUGAAGGUGCCGAUUGUCAUAGCAGGCCUAAUGGUGCUGGUGUCAUGCUACUUAGUCCUUGCCCCCAUCAUUGAUAAGCCAGAGCUGGAGUACCUCUACUGCACUAUCUUCAUCUUCAGCGGACUUCUCCUCUACUACCCUUUCGUCCACCUGAAGGUCAACUGGGCACGCAAACUCAUGAGGCCCAUUACUAUGCAUCUCCAGUUGCUGAUGGAAGUAGUUCCUCCUGAGACAACUGAAUGAGACAGAGCUGACGACAGGGUUAACUUGUGCUGCUUGACUUGAAACAUGUCAGGCUUGCUUCUGGAAACAGUGGGCUGGAAAUUUGGUACCCGCAGUUGGGAUCAGAGUCGUAAAAUCAGAGCUUCACUUCUGUUGAAAAGCUGCGUGACAAAAGUUAAAGUGCAUGUACUGUGUUCAUGAACCUGUUACCAGCGCAUGAUGAAAUCAUGUGUCAUUUGGGUUCAGGGCCAGAAAAAAAAGAGGAUUCUUGUUUCUAGAGUGUUUCCCACAGGAAUACCUCUGCUGUCAUUAAAGUGUACUUCUGUAGAUAUUAAAACAAAAGAGCCAGAUCGACCAUAUUCUGAUUAUGUCCUUCCCCACAUCACUUACUAAAUCCUUCCUGUGGUGAUAGGCUACAACUGAAGGAUGUUUGGUUGUUUGGUAGGAUUUCUAUGGUGAAUAUAACCAGCACAGUAUAACACUUAAGCAGUCAUGUCAAACAUUUACAUGUAGUCAAUGUUCAAUGAAGUUUUCCUGUGCCAAAGAUCACUUAAGGUAGAGCAGCUAGGAAAUAGAUGUACGCAUGAAUCUGCAAGUGAGCAAAGGGAAAAGGUAAACGUUUAAAAUGCAUUAAGGAAAUGACAUGAAAGCCCAGCAGAUCAUGCAACGAGAUGUGGAAACAUUUUUACUUUCUGUAAUGAUGUUUGCGCAUGAUUUAAUUAAUAAUGCUCUCACUCCUAUCUUUCACACUGGAAUAUGCUAGAAGAGUGGUGCAUUGUUAUCUGCUGUUGAAAGGUAUUAAGCUUGUUGAGAAUGAAGUGGAUAUGGGAAAUAAACAAUUUUCCAGCAAAUA